UCUUAAGCGCGAGCUCGAUGGGGUCGCAAGCGAAAGGGAUUUGCUGCUGUGCGAAAACAGCAAUCUCCGAUUCGAAUUGGAAAUGGUGGAACUGAAACGUCUCCAAGAUGAAAGUGUGUCUGGGCCUCAUCGUUCGUUCGUACGGCGUCAGUGAUGUGCGGUUAAGUUAGGUGAAUAACAGAGGUGUGAAAAUGCGCGGACACGCUUCGCCAUCCCCCACGUACCGCUAUCUGCCCCAGAGACAGUUGAGUCCUUCGCCCAGGGGUGGACACUCGGUCACGUCGGUGAAUGACAUGUGCGACAGGACCGUGGUGAGGGUACGUAGGUCGGGAAUGCAACAGGAACGAAUCAGGGUCGUUUGCACCACCAGGAGACAGCACGUCAGCCGUUUGGUUACAGUGUCGGACGUUUGUCACACGUUGCCGCCCCUUAGGAAGCAUGUCACCAUCAUCAGUUUCCCACCGAAAAUGGAGCGGUCCCAGAUUGUGAAUUCGAUGGGAUCGACGGACCACAUACAGGAGCAGACUUACAUCCAGGCACCUAACUUCGUGCAGGCCCAAAAUUACAGUACGCCGGCCCCGAGUCCCAUCUACUGCCGACCGUCGCCCAACAAUUCCGGCUACGUAUCCGUAUCCGCUCCGCCGCUGCACAAGAAGGGCUCGCUGAGGAACGGGGACAUACUCAAGAGAUCCAGAGUACAAACGACCAGGUACGAAUUAUCACAAGACAUCCUGGACAAGCAAAUCGAAGUGCUGGAACGGAAGUAUGGAGGCGUCAGGGCGAGGGAUGCGGCCCUCACCAUCCAGAGGGCGUUCAGGCGGUACACGCUGCUCAAGAAGUUCGCAGCCAUAACAGCGAUGGCCAAGGCGGAGAAACGCAUCAGCCGCCGAAUCCCGGCAGCUAACGAGGAGUGCAAGGGCCCCAUCGAACAGGAUCAGCAGUGCUCCGGCGAGUACAUGAGGAACUUCGAGGGCCACGACUGCCGGGCCCUGCCGGUACGUUCGAUGUCCCUACGCGAACGGAGGAACAUCGACACGAUGCCGAUGCCCCGCAGCCAGUCCGGCACUCCGACCAUCUGCUGGGAGAACUACUCGUCCUCCUCCUCCCUGCAGCACUACUACUCAGCUCCCGAUAACAAGUCCGAUUCGAUCAACACCCAAAUCACAGCUAGUCCGAGCUCGUGCAGCACGCCAACCACCUCGUCAAAUGGAUACAUGAGGUCAAGAAAUAGCAUAAGUAGUCGUAAAGUUCCACCCGAAGUACCAAAGAGGACCUCCAGUAUUUCAUCCAGAUCGAUCGAACAACGCCACCAAAAGUCGAACGGGCUCAGCAGGAACAACGAGAACGGUUCCUUGUCCAGCGUUCAGAGUUCAGGCAGCGACAGCAGCAUCUCCACCGACAGAAUACAGGAGUUCUCCGGCUCGCCGGUGUGGAAAAGGAAGGGCAACAACUUGUCCGAGUACGCGGAACCCAGUCUGGAGGCCAGCCUGGGCAAUAUAUCCAACACCAGCUCAUCCACGUACACGUUAGAGCGGCCGCCCGACCAACAGGCGCCCACCAGCUACAAAAUCUCCGAGACGAUUAGGAAAAGACAGUACCGCGUCGGCUUGAACCUGUUCAACAAGAAGCCGGAGAAGGGAAUCGCGUAUCUGAUCCGCAGAGGGUUCUUGGAGAACUCGCCCCAGGGCGUCGCCAGGUUCUUGAUCUCCAGGAAGGGCUUGAGCAAGCAGAUGAUCGGGGAAUAUCUGGGCAACCUCCAGAAUCCGUUUUGCAUGGCUGUGUUAGAGUGCUUCGCCGCCGAGCUGGACUUGUCCGGCAUGCAGGUCGACGUCGCCCUCAGGAAGUUCCAACAACACUUCCGCAUGCCGGGAGAGGCUCAAAAGAUCGAACGGCUCAUGGAGGUGUUCUCGCAACGGUACUGCCAGUGCAACGUCGACAUCGUGGCCAGGCUUCGAUCCCCGGAUACGGUGUUCGUGUUGGCUUUUGCCAUAAUAAUGCUGAACACCGAUUUGCACACUCCGAACAUCAAGCCGGAGAGGAGGAUGAGAUUGGACGACUUCAUUAAGAAUUUAAGAGGAAUUGAUGAUUGUCACGACAUUGACAGUGAUAUGUUGACUGGAAUUUACGAUAGAGUUAAGGCAAAUGAAUUCAAACCCGGCUCGGAUCACGUCACGCAGGUGAUGAAGGUGCAAGCCACGAUCGUCGGCAAGAAGCCCAACAUGGCUCUGCCGCACAGGAGAUUGGUCUGCUACUGCAGGCUGUACGAGAUUCCCGACAUACACAAGAAGGAACGGCCCGGCGUACACCAAAGAGAAGUUUUCUUGUUUAACGAUCUGCUUGUUAUCACUAAAAUACUCAGCAAAAAGAAGUCUUCAGUUACGUAUUCCUUUAGAAAUAGUUAUCCACUGUGCGGGAUGGUGGUCACCCUGUUUGAAGCUGCACACUACCAAUACGGCAUACAACUUAGUCAACGCGUAGAUCAAAAAGUUCUAGUUACAUUUAAUGCCAGAAACGAACACGACAGGUGCAAGUUCGCCGAAGAUUUGAAGGAGGCCGUCAGUGAAAUGGACGAAAUGGAGAAUUUGAGAAUCGAAGCCGAAUUGGAAAGGCAGAAGUCGAACAGAGGGAACAGAACAGGAACAGAGAAUCGUGACAGCGGCGUGGCCGACGUGGAGGUCUGCCCCUGCCAAUGUCCGUACUCUCAGAAUCCGGCCAUCAGCGCAAACAAUGUAUGCGUUGAAGAAGUGCCGCACGACAUAAAGCGAUCCGCACUAAGCAACUCAUUGUUGGACAUCCACGAACAAUUUGCAGGAGAAAAAGCACAACGUCGAGGUAGUGUGGGAUCCUUGGAUAGUGGUAUGUCUGUAUCAUUCCAAUCUACAUCGGCUAGCACCUGCUCUAGGUCUGACAAAUUAGCAAACAAGGUCAAACCUGGGCUUCAUAAUCACCAAGGCUUUUUGGGGGGUUUAUUCAAUAAAAAACAACAAAGCAAUACUACCGUUAAGUCCACUGAGGUGUAAAUAAUGGACACUUUUCGUCCACAAUAUAUAUAAUCCGUUGUUUUAAAAACAAAUUUUAACUUUGUGCAUGUCCAAAAAAAAAAAAUAACCGCUAAUUUUAUAAAAUUCUCGUACUAUUUGCAAGUUAUUAUUAUAAAAAAAAGACUUUGAUUUCUAGUCUUUUGUUGUACUAUCUUCAGUCGGGUGUAAUGAAUUUACGUUCACUCGAGAUGGAUUCGGUCUGCGUAGGUUCUACUGUAACCUACUGUUAGAUGUGGCUAAAUUUUAUGUAAAUAAAACGUUGGCAAAAAAUUCAAGUCUUAUUUUUGUAUGGAUAAUGUCGUUUUUGCUGUACAUAUCAUUUCUUGCGAUUUAAUUAAUACUCUUGGCUGAAGUUACGAUUGGGUAUAAAAUAAUUGGACAAUUAAGACAAUAUCUAGGAUUAAAAUUUCUUCAAAAAGCACUAUUCAUAAUUUAUAUUGUAAGUCACUUAAUUUAUAAAUAUAUAACGUAGGCAUUGUAUGAUACUGAUGCAAUCAGUUCAUUAAAUUUAUAAAUGGACACUGGUAACUAAUGAAUAGUAUGUGUCGUUUAUAAAGUUAGCAAAUAACCAAAUACAUUUUCACCAUUUAUAAGUGUUACCAAAUAUAAUAACUAUGGCUGUCUUAAUUUUUUCGCCCACUGUGUACACUUAAUAUUUUUAAUUUCAUAUGUAAAAGGCAAAAUUAAUGUCCCAGGUGUGGUUUAAGGUGUGUGAUUAAAAAAGAAUCAACGUAAAUUUAAUUAAUAAGUGAGAAUCGAAUCAAAAAUGUGUUGCAUUUAUCACAGGCAUUCCGUUUUAAGUGUUUUUGUUUUUUAUUUAACUGGUAGCUAGGUUGAUUCUAUACAAAUUGACUGUAUUAGAGUUUGCAGCUGUUCAAGUACAUUAAUUUUGCCUUUGUUUCUAGCUCUCUUAAUGUUAAGGCAGCAACUCUGUAGUUGUAUGUUUCCAAAUUCUACACGUGUAUAUAAAUUUUAUCGUCACUAAUGUUUUAAAUUUUAAGAGAGCAACAUGUUCUAGUCCAGUGUAAAUAUGUUAGAAAUCUCAUACUACUGAUAUUAAUUUAAUUUACUGAAACGUAUUAAGUGUUUUUUUUAAUAACUAAUAAACAGUCGAAUCUGAA